UUGAGACAUUGACUGUGCACGUUUCGUGCGCGCGGUGAAGCAGCGCGAGCGUCUCAGCUGUUUGAAGUGACGAAGACUGAGCUGAUCCGCACGCGUUCGUCGGUUCUUCGUGGUUUUCUGGUUUCUCUCAGACUCCUGGAGGAAUGUGAGCUCGGUCCUGAAACUCACGCGCUGACUUGCGGCUCUUCUUCUGGGUCUCGGACAAAGUCCCGGACCAACCCGACAUCACCUGUCCAGACUCUGUGGAGCUGAAAGGAACUAAAAUGUGGGUUCUGGUUCUGUUAAGUUUCUGUCUGAACCAGGCCUUGCCGAACCGGCUCCCAGACUUCAGCUCCGACCCUCUCCUGGACUACGACCUGCUGGAUGACGAGCUGGGAGGCGGCCGGAGGUGGAGCGGGAACAGAACCAGCGGUUCGGAGGACUGCGGGCUUUGUGAGCCAGACCUGUGUCCCGAGACCCGCGGCUGCAGAGCCGGACUGGUACCGGACUCCUGUGGCUGCUGUCAGGAAUGCGGGAACCUGGAGGGCCAAGCCUGCGACCCGGGGGACCGGAGCCCGUUCUAUGGUCUGUGCGGGACCGGACUGCGGUGCCAGACGGACCCUCGACCCGCAGCAGGAGGAAGAGGAGAGGAGGAUGAAGAGGAGGACGUGUGUGUGUGUGAGGAGCAGGAACCUGUGUGUGGGAGCGACGGAACCACAUACAUGAACAUGUGUCAGUUCAGAGAGGCCGCGUUCUCCAGAGCAGACCUGCAGACCAGAGGGGCGGGCCCCUGCAACACAGUCCCCACCAUCAAGGUUCCACCUGAGAGCCAGGUGAAUGGGACGGGCAGCAGUCUGGUGUUCCUCUGCGAGGUGUUUGCGUUUCCGAUGGCGCAGAUCGAAUGGAGGAAGGAGGGACGAGAUGUUGUCCUGCCUGGAGACGACCCGCACAUCUCUGUCCAGUCAAGGGGUGGUCCUCUAAAAUUCGAACUCUCCAGUUGGCUGCAGAUUGAGAGGGCAGAGCUUGGAGACUCUGGAACUUAUCACUGCACAGCUCAAAACAACCUGGGAUCUGUGUCUGCCUCAGCUGUACUGGGAGUACUGGGAGCAGAGGAGCUGUCAUCCUACCUGGCCAACAGUGUGUCUGAGAUGCAGCAGCUAAUGGAUGCCUCAGACUACAACCAGGACUUCUACUGACCUUCCUCUGAUGCCACUUCCUCCAUCAGCAGCCAUCAAAGCUGAGACCGUGAACACAUCAUCGUGUCUCUACAGACGGCGCUCAGGACAUUAUAUUCUCUGUGUUGUUUGCCAUGUGUGGCGAUAUGACGAUGGUGAUGAUGAGCAGUCUGAGGUUGGAGCUCAGCUGGCAUUAACUGGUGUUAACUCUGUUCAUGUUGUUACUGUGACAGACCAGACGGUUCUGGUUCUGCCCUGGUUCUGGUUUUCCGAUUUUUAAGCUUCUACUGAGCCGUGCAUCAUCACAUUCACUCUGAACUGCGACAGGCUUGUUUACUCUGUGCUCCAACCUCCUCACUGACAUCCAGGUAGCUUGUACCUGAUUCAGUUAAAAGUGAAGUGCAGAAGAAGAGUGCAGAAAUCCUUAUGUCUUAGAAACAGAGAAGAUGAAUAAAGUCAGACUGAAAACUC